UGGACCGGGCGACAAAGGGAGGGAUGGACACGGACGUCGUCCGGUCGUAUACGAACUAGAGAGGGUGCUCUCCUGACAACCGAGCAGGACUUUUGGUGUCGUGGUGGGCCCUUCGAAAACUCAAUUCGCGCCUGGUGCGUUAGAAGCAGCUAG